UAGUUCCUCACAUGCACAUUUUUGCCUAUUUUGUACACUAAAAAAAAAAAGGGAUAUACUACAAAUUUAGCUGGUUAUUACGGGGAAAAAAGAAGAAAAGAAAUGACAACAAAGUAAACAAAUCCUAAGGAGAAAAUGGUAAAAUUAGAUAGAUCACAUUGAACCAGACCGGUUUAGUAGGCUCCAUUAAUUUUUAUAAAUACCUCGCAUUCUGCGAUCUCCUUUUUACAUUUUUUCAUACUCUGUUUUUAUUUAUACAUAACAAACAGAAAAGACAGAGUUCCCUCGAUCUCCCCCUUUCCCCCCAAUCUUUCUCUCUCAAUAAUCCUUCUUCUCAACUCCACAGAGAGAGAAAGAGAAUAAUCAAUUUAUUUGGGAAAAUGGGUGGGAAAAGAUUUGCAGUUCUAUUGUGCGCUGAAGACUCAGAGUACGUGAAGAAGAUGUACGGGGGAUAUUUCGGAGUGUUUGUGAGAAUGCUUGGAGAAGAAGGGGAAACGUGGGAUAUGUAUCGGGUCGCAAAUGGUGAAUUCCCGGACGACGAUGAGAUCGCCGAUUUCGAUGGCUUCGUCAUCACCGGAAGUUGCAAUGAUGCUCACGGAAACGAUGUUUGGAUCUGCAAGCUCAUGAAUUUGCUCCGGAAAUUGGAUUCCUUGAAGAAGAAAGUUCUCGGCAUCUGUUUCGGUCACCAGGUUCUGGGGCGUGCAUUGGGGGGCAGAGUUGGCCGAGCUGCAGCUGGUUGGGACAUUGGGCUCACUACUGUUCAUCUGUCAUCAUCAAAGCUCUUCACUAAUUUGAAAAUCCCUACUUCCCUUUCCAUCAUUGAGUGCCACCGCGAUGAGGUAUGGGAACUUCCACCUAAGGCAGAAGUAUUGGCAUGGUCUAGUAGGACAGGGGUAGAGAUGUUCAGGUAUGGUGAUCACAUCAUGGGAAUUCAAGGUCACCCUGAGUACACUAAGGACAUUCUUCUGCAUUUGAUCGACCGCCUUCUUUUGCGCAAUUGCAUUGAGGAGACGUUUGCUAAUGAAGCAAGGGCGGAUAUUGAGGCUUCAGAGCCUGACAGAGAGGCUUGGAAGAAACUAUGCGUCAACUUUCUCAAGGGAAGACUAUGAUGAUGAAAGGUUAUUUGGUGGUAAUAAUGAUAGGGCAAAUUUGGGGAAGUUGUAAAUAGGAUUCCACAUUUGUUGGGAUUUUUCGGUUAGAGAGAAUUUUAAUAUGGCAUCAGGAAGGGAAAAAAAAAAUGGUUGAAAUGCCAUUAGGCACUUUUUUUUUUUUUUUUUUAACCGUUUAGUAACAAUGUAGAAGACAAUAACUAGACAUCAUUAGAUGUCAUUAUUUAUGAGAACAGCCUAGUUCAUUCUUA